CCUUCCGUUUUUAUCAUCGCACCCUCUUCUUUAAUCUGAUACAGCAGCGAUUAAUCCCCUUCUGUUUUUUGUCCUCUUAAUUCUCCUCCUAAAAGUGGUCUUGCUGGAGAUUAAGUCAUCUGGGUGCUGAUGCAACAUGUGUGAGCUUGAUGGAAAGAAGGGAGAUUACAGUACUUGAUCAGUGUAAAAAGAGAAACACACAGGCACCGCUUGAGUGAAGUGUUAAACUGACACUAGUUUAGGACGAUUAGUUUGGUUUAUGUGCGGUGAUGACACUUGGGGCCAGGCAAAGGUGGGCGGAGUCAGUCAUCCUUGUUUACUGCCGGCAUGGAUUAGAGGUGCUCUUUAUUACUGUGUGGCAUCAGAUCACAGUACGGGUGAACAUUAGGAGAAGGGGUUUCUCUGCAAUGGAAUAGCUGGCGUUUUGAAAGGAGCAGUUGGUGAAGGGGCAAAAAAACGAAGGAAGCACUUGAGAGAAAGAGUUUCAAGAAGAAGAAGAAGAACGAGGGUGGGAGCUUGGGUGAUGGGCAAUUGCACCAAAUCAUCCAUGAAAGAAAAAAUGAGGACGGGGGUGUCAGAGGGGUCCCUGGGGAGUGAAGUGAGGGCCCCCCGGGGUGCACAACAGCAGAAAGGGGAAGAUGAAGCAGAUGAGGAAUUGAAGGAGGAGCUGUUCAAAGAUCCUUUCAGGACGUUGGUGAAGAACAGCAACACGCUGCAAAACAUCACGGGCCCCGCCUGCGUUUUUCUCAAGCGAGGCUUUUCACUGACGCUCGACCGAGCGCUGAGACCCGAGGAGAUGGAUGAGCUCCAUGAAGCCUUUUUGGAGUUUGAUAAGAAUAAGGAUGGCUACAUCAGUCAUAAAGACCUGGGGGAGUGCAUGAGGACCAUGGGAUACAUGCCCACCGAGAUGGAGCUCAUAGAACUCAGUCAGCAGAUUUGCGGAGGCAAAGUGGACUUUGAAGAUUUUGUGGAGCUGAUGGGACCCAAAAUGUUGUCAGAGACUGCAGACAUGAUUGGAGUGAAAGAACUACGUGAUGCAUUCAAAGAGUUUGACUCCAACGGCGACGGUCAGAUCAGUUUAACGGAGCUACGUGAGGCCAUGAAGAAGCUGAUGGGGGAACAAGUGACCAACAGAGAGAUAAACGAGAUUCUCAGAGACGUUGACCUCAACGGCGACGGUUUGGUUGACUUUGAGGAGUUUGUGAGAAUGAUGUCCCGGUGAUGUGAAACACAUCAUGGAUGGAUUUCAACAAACAAACCAGGGAUCGUACUACACCUUCUUUGUCUGCAGCUACAGUAUUUUAGUUUUAUAUGAAAAAUACAAAUAAUUAAAAAAACAAUCAGAUUAAAAGUGAUGGAAAUUUUAUGAAAUAUUUGGGCUAAAAUGUUAGGACACACUUUUUUAACACUGUAACUUCCAUGGUUGCAAUGUUACCAAAAGCCAUGACUGGAUGGGUUUGGUGUUAAAGAAAUUGGAAUCUGGGAUAAAUAAGAACAGCUAGAGAGAGCAAUUUAACAAAUACAUCCCUUCACAUCAUGGUUAAAAAAAAAAAAAAUCGAACUUUUAUUUGUUUAUUUUCACUUUCUGCGGAUAUUUUUGUCAAUAUACAAUACAUUACAUACUGUAUGCAUCAAAUGUUUGAGGAUAAUAUUCUGUUUGUACAGCUGUAAUGAGAAGUUUUUUUUAAUGAAUAAAAAAAACCACAACUCAUAAGGUGUAAAAAAGCGGAGAUGCAGCCACUCCAAUUUGACUCAUUUUAUUACCUUUUUUCUGUCUGAGACCAACAUUUGCUGGUAAAAUACGCAAUUACGUAUUUCAAUGACAAUUAAUUAUGUGGAUCCAGAGAUACACUGGAUGUCAAAAUUCUACACACCCCUUUACAAAUGCCAGGCUUUUGUGCUGAGACAAAAAAUUGUUUAAGAUGUCAUUUUGAAACUUUUUUCCACAUUCAGCUUUAAAAAAAAAAAACAACCCCAAAACUGUUAUUAUUACUUGCCCUCUUGAAAAGAUGUUUUUCUUUUUUCCAAGUGAGUAGUACAAUUGUAAAGACCUGGCAUUUGAAUGGGGUGUGUAGACUUUUUAUAUCCACUGUGGCUUUUAGUGGAUCUUGGGCAAGUGUAUAUAAUUGUUUUAAAUGGUUUGUGUUGACUAGUUCUUAUAUGGUAUGAUGUGAUUUUUAAGCAAUAGGUCACUUGACAGGGCGGCACGGUGACCGGCUGGUGAGCACAUCUGCCUCACAGUUCUGAGGAGCCAGCCUCGCCUAUGUGGAGUUUGCAUAUUCUCCCCGUGCCUGCCUUUUCUCCACUUAAUUGAAGAUUCUAAAUUGCCCGUAGGUGUGAAUGUGAGUGCGAAUGGUUGUUUGUUUAUGGGUGCCCUGCGAUUGGCUGGCGACCAGUUCAGGGUGUGCCCCACGUCACGCCCAGAGCCAGCUCGGCUCUCGGCUCCACCAUGCGCGCGAAACUAGUGAGGAUAAGCGGAUCUGGAAAAUAGAUGGAUGGAUGAGAGUCACUUGACAACGUCUUUGAAACAACAUCUUUUUAUUGAAAACUUGGCCAGGAUUCUGUAUAACAGAGAGUGUGUGUAAUGCACAGGGGCCAGAGCAGGAGAUGCUAAAGACUCAGUUUCCCAUAGUGCAUUGUACCCUGAACCGAGAAUCUUGUGUAAAACCGCAAAAGGUGUCUUCUUCCUUCUUCAGAGCUGUGUAGGGGAAUGAAGAUAGGGACUAAACAUUUUUUAAAAAAGAGAGCGAAAGGGGGGAACAAAGCUUAGCUCAUAGGGGAGAAAGAGAAAAAUGGACAGUGAGGAAUGGAGGUCCUUUCCCCGAGAUGAGGUCCAGGUCUAGAAGAUCCUCACCCCCCCGCUGCCUUUCAGCCAUUAACCGUGGUCAGGUAAGGCCUCAGACGUCUUUCCCCCUUCCCCUCUUCUUGCGCCCCUCUCCCUCACUUCCGAUCUUUCUCUUUCUCUCCUUCCCCGAGCCUCACUUGCUGGCCAAGGUGUAGCAGCCCUGUUGGUGCCACUGCAUGUCGCGGAUACGGCGCACAGACUGCAGUUGAGGGGUGCGGGCGCCGUACUCGUUGAAGUGCCUGUAGUCACCCUUCUCCAGCAGGUACUGGCUGCCGCGGUAGCCGGGGAACUGGUAUCCCACGAAUCUGGGAAGAAGGAAAAAAACCACAAAAAAAACACAAGUGAACCAUGGAAAGCCGUUGUGUGACUAAGGUUUCACUGUGAGCUGCACUCACGUUCCACAGCUAACGAUGAUGCUGCCCACUCUGUCGGUGAAUCCGUACGAGGACAGGCUGGGGACGUCAUCGUCCAUGAUCUCCAUCUUGCGACCCUUGAAUUCACCCACCUCAUGCAGGCAGAUCUUGUGUUUAUCAGGGUCCUGUUGGAGAGACACGGAGAAACUCAGUGUUGGCGGCUAGCCGAGAAGAGGAAACCAAGAAGUGAGUGAUGUUUCUUUGGCUGGUGGGUGGGGUUACCAUUUUGACAGGCCUGAAGGAGAGCAGGUAGUCAUUCUUCUGACAGUUGCUCCAGGAGUCCCAGCGAGGAUACUCGCCCUUCUCAAGGAUGUACAUCUCACCGCAGAGGUUUAUCUGCUCAAAGCCCACAAAGCUGCCAAUCAAAUGGCAUUAUGUAGCACCGGUGCCAGGAUAGCAGAGGUUGAUGGAGAGGAUGGAGCGGGGGUUGCACUUACGGGCCGCUUUCAACACGGAGGGAGCGCACACGUUCCAUGCCCAGCUCGCAGAUGUUCAUGACCUCGCUGCUGAUCUCAAUCAUGCGGCCCUGGAAGUUCUCCUGGUCAAACACCAACAUCUACCGUGGAAAAAGGCAAAAAGCGAUUCAGCGUCUCAUCAUAUUUUUCAUUUGCCACUGGAAAUCUCCAUGCGAGAGGCCCUCACCUUGUAGGAAGUCAGUCCGGACUCAGACUUCUUGCUCUGAGCGGCCUUACCAUCAGUCUGGGAAGAGGACUUGGAUUUAUCACUUGACAUGAUUGCUGGGUCGGAAAAGAACCAACAAAGUUACAUUAUCCAGUCUAUCGAAGCCACUCUUGUCUGUCCGCGCCCCAGAACGGAGGGUUCGUGUACUAUGCGCGCGUGCGCCUUACCUGAUGCUUACGCCGAGCCUCACUCAAGAGUGUGAGCGGCCCGGGUGCGCCCCUCCUUUAUAUACGCUGGCGCCCACAGGAGAGGGAUUAAGGCGAGAGAAACAAACCUGCUGAGGUCAGAGAUGUGACACAAAAGAAAAGACCACAUCAUCAGUGGGGGAACAGACAUGGGAUGGGAGGAGCCAGAGCAGCAGGGUGGGCAACAUCCAGUCACCAGCAGGACAACUAUACUGUACAUACAUGGCUGAAUUGAACUCGCAUAUGCAAUUAGAGCAAUUCAUACACUUGAUAACAGGCCGCUACACACUGUAUAAAUAACAUAUUAAACGGUAAGCUUCCUAAUUAUGUUCGGGCCGUCUAAUAUUUAUAUUCAACAUGUGAGACCGGUCUACAUAAUUUCACUUUGCAAUGAUGUGGGAAAACGCACGUGGAACUUUUAAAGGAGCCAUUAAAGGUGUGUGUGGGGGGGGGGGGAUUUUUUUUUUAAACUACAAUGAAUUACUUAUUGUACAUUAUAACAAUAAAAAACUAAAUCUAAAAGAACAUUAUUUUCGUAAACAAUAAACAGAAUUGGGGGGGCACGGUGGCCUUCCUCCCACAACCCCAAAACAUGCGUGGUAGGUUGAUUGAAGACUCUGAAUUGCCCGUAGGUGUAAAUGUGAGUGUGAAUGGUUGUUUGCCUAUGUGUGCCCUGCGAUUGGCUGGCGACCAAUUCAGGGUGUACCUCGCCUC